AUGGAGCUGGGAGGGGCCUUCACCAUUUUUCUGGCACUCUGCUUGUCUUGCCUUCUUGUCCUCAUUGCUUGGAAACGAAUCAACAAGAGGGGAAAGCUCCCCCCAGGUCCAACACCAAUUACUUUCCUGGAGAACCUGCUUCAAAUCAGCCCUAAUGCCCCUUUUCAGUGUCUCAUGAAGCUCCGGAAGAAGUAUGGCCCCAUGUUCACUGUGUACCUGGGCCCGCGGCCAGUAGUUAUUUUGUGUGGACAUGAACUGGUGAAGGAGGCUCUGGUAGACCGAGCAGAUGAGUUCAGUGGCCGUGGAGAAAUGGCUACAUUAGACAAAAACUUCCAAGGUCAUGUUCUUACAUUCAAUGAAUUACUCUAUGAGAUGUACUCAGGAAUCAUGCAAUAUUUGCCAGGAAGACACAAACACCUGGCUGCAGCCCCUACUCCCUGGGAGAACGCUGCAGGCAUCUGGUACUGGGGUGAGGCUGCAGAGAGCUGGCUUCACCUCGGCCCCUCCCUCCUCUCCUCUUCAGGAAAGCGGUACUGUUUUGGAGAAGGCCUGGCUAGAAUGGAGCUCUUUCUCUUCCUCACCACCAUCUUGCAGAACUUCUGCCUCAAGUCCCCACAGGCGCCCCAGGACAUAGACGUGUCUCCUAAACACGUGGGUUUUGCCACCAUCCCGAGGACCUACACCAUGAGCUUCCUGGCCCGCUGA